AUGCUCCGCCAGAAUUUCAGACCAGUCGCACGAGCAGCCAAGCAGCAACUGCACUCUAAAGCUCCCUCCAUCAACUUCCGCUUUCAAUCUACUGCAUCUCAAAGCACUUCUAAUGGCACCAGUGCUGCCUUGAUUGGCGGUCUUGCUGGCGGCACUGUCGCUGGCCUGACUGGAUACAUCUGGUACCAAUACUCUGGGAUCAAGAAAGUCGUCGAUACUAGCCAGCAGACAAAAGCCUACUUCGAGCAAGCCAAGCAAAAAAUCAUCCAAAAGGCACCUGAACCAAACGAGGCCUUCCGAUUCUUGAGGGAUACCGUCAAAAGCUACGCCGUCUUUAUCCCUGGUGCACGCGGUUACGUCGACACCGCAUUCGACGACCUUGAAAAGAUACGAACCGACCACGGAGAUGAAUUUGACAAAAUAGUCAGUGACGCAUACAGCGAGUUACGUGAUCUUACGACAAAGGAGGAAAUCAAUACCGCUUCCGCAUACAAAGCUUUGGAAAUCCUGCAACAGCAUUCUAAGCGCCUUUUCGAUUUGGCCGGCGACGCCGCUGAGACUUUACUCGAUAAACACCCUCAAGUGAAAGAGAAGAUCGGGGGUAGCUAUGAUGAGCUAAAGAAGAUGGGCGAUGCCUACGGUCCACGAGCGAAGGAGGAGGUUAAUCAAACCUGGGAGCAGAUCUCCAGUAUCGUGCAGCGCGGUGCUAGUGCCGAGUCAGCAGAAGAGAUUAAGAAUUUGAUUCAAGAAAAGACCAAAAAGCUCCAGAAAUUUGGGGAUGAGGCAUGGCAGAAGGGAUAUGAAGAGUCCAAGCAAUAUCUCGAAAAGAGCCCCAAGCUCAAACAACUGAUCGAAGAUAACGCCCCCACCUUGAAAAAGGGAAACUUCGAGAAUCUAUGGGGCAUGGUCAAGGAAAGUGCUUCUUCAGGAAAGACAGAGGACGUGGAAAAAUACGUCAAGGAUAAAGUCGACCAAGCCAAAAAAACCGACUCGGACAGUUUAGGCAAGGGGCUGGAUAUGAUCCCCGGUGGUUCCAACAUGAUCUCGCAAUUGCAAUCACUACAGACCAUUGUGCAGAAGAAAGGUAGCGAGGCAGAGAAUGUGCUCAAGGAUACCCUUGAAGAGUUACAGGGUGUGUUGAAAAAGAGAAAGGAACAGGUCGAGAAGAUCGCCGAGGAAGGGAAGAAGCAGGGCAAAUAA